AUGGCGGCUUCUCCCGCGUCUUUGCCCAGCAAAAGCCCUGCUGCAGGGGGCCCCCUGGUGGAGUUUUGGGACAGCUGGAGUGACAGCAACUCCGACGCUGCGGAGGGACAGGGGGGCCCCCUUUCUGCAGCUUGCUGCAGCAGCAGCAGGGCCAAACAGGACGUCUUCUUGCUGGUGCCCAGGCAGCAGCAGCAGCAGCAGCAGCAGCAGCAGCAGCAGCGGCAGCUUUCUCCCUCUGCAUCGCACUAUGAGCCCGGCCUGGGGGCCCCCUCCGCUUCCUCCGACGCAGCCUCUGAGGGGACCCCCAGGGGGCCCCUUGGGGGCCCCCUAGGGGGUUCACCUUCUCUCUUUUCGCGGGCCUCUUCGCAGGGGGGCCCCCGGGGGCCCCCGGGGGCCCCGCUCGCUGCGGGGGGCCCUUCAAGGUCUUCAUCUGUGCAGGUUUCUCCAGUACCCUCUGGAGAAGAAAAAGUCAGUGGGGGCCCCCUAGACAGCCAACGGGCAGCAGCAGCAGCAGCAAAGGCUGCAGCAGCAAAAGCUGCAGCAGCAAGAAGCUCCCCGGCCUCUGGGGGCAGCUCUUCGCGUCUUGCUGCUGCUGCUGCAGCAGCAGCAGCAGCAGCAGCAGCAGGGGAGAUCCCGAAGAGCGCGAAAGUGCGGCGGGAGCUGCCCGCGGGCUCCGUGGGAAUUUCCACAAAUGACAAAAAUGCCUUUUUGCGGAAACUGCCGCAGCAGCUGCCCAGCAGCUUGGGGUGUACGUACACCCCGUGCUGCAGCAAACCCGCAAUACCCGUCAAGGUGCGCAUUCUGGGGGCCCCCCGGGGGCCCCCCCGGCAGCUGCUGCGGCUGGGGAGUCCUGCUGCUGCUGCAGCAGAUGGGAAAGUGCACUUUCAGUUGUUUCAAGUGCAGCAAAAAGCUGAUAAUGAAAAAAGAAGAGUUGUGGCUUAUGAAUGGAAAAACGGAAAACCCCCAACUGUCAAAAAGACAAAGUCCAGGUGUACGUACAGCUUCACCCAGGCAGCAGCAGCUGCUGCGCUGCAGCUCUUCAGAGCUGCGGUGGGCGGCCGCGCAGCAAAACCCCCAAAAAAGGCUGCUUCGGACGCCCUAGCUGCUGCUGCUGCUGCUGCAGAGCCUGCUGCUGCUGAUGCAGAGCGCGAGGAGGAGCUGCUGCAGCAGGAGCAGCAGCAGCAAACCCAGGACCUGCAACAGCAGCGCGCCCCAAUCAAGCAGGAACUCGAAAAACUUGACCAGCAGCAGCAGCAGUGGACCCCUGAGAGCUACCAGCAGUGGGAGCUGCAGCAGCAGCAGCAGCUGCAGCAGCAACCGCAGCAGCAGAACUGGCAGCCGGAGCACCGCCACCAGUGGGACCAACAGCAGCAGCAAAGCGAACACAAUAGCCAGCAGCAGCAGUGGACCCCUGAGCAGCAACAGCAGUGGGGGCUGCAGCAACAGUGGAGCGCCGAGCAGCAGGAACAGUGGGAGCAGCAGGAGCAGCAGCAACACGGGCAGCAGCAGCAGUGGACUCCUGAGCAGCUCCAGCAGCAGCCGACUCAUGAGCAGCAGCAGUGGGACCAGCAGGAACAGCAGUGGAGCCCUGAGCAGCAGCAACAGUGGGAGCAGCAGCAGCAACAGUGGGAGCAGCAGCAGCAGUGGAGCCCGGCGCAGCAGCAGCAGUGGGACCAACAGCAGCAACAGCAGUGGAGCCCGGCGCAGCAGCAGCAGUGGGAACAGCAGCAGCAGCAGCAGCCGUGGAGUGCUGCGCAGCAGCAACAAUGGGACCAGCAGCAGCAACAGCAGCAGCAGACGCAGCAACCUUGGAGCCACGAGCAGCAGCAACAGUGGGAGCAGCAGUGGCAGUGGCAGCCUCAGCAGCAAAGCAACAUGGGGGAUGCGCAGCAGCAGCAGCAGCAGCAGGGGUGGACCCCCGACUCCCAGCAUAAUGGGCUCCAGGAGCAGCAGGACCAGCAGCAGCAGCAGCAGCAGCAGCAGCAGCAGGAAGAAGAGUCAGAGGAAGCGCAGGGCAAAGGCUACUUGAGUUGCUGCCCCUCGAGAGGUCGCUUUUAUUGCAUUUGCUGCGGCUCUUCGGAGCAGCAAAAGAUUGAAGUUGUGCAAGCAGCAAUCGAGAGGCCUUCUGUGGCAAUAUGCGCUUGCUGCGGCUCCCGCUCUGCUUCUGUGGCAGCAGCAGCAGGCGAGCAGCAGCGGGAGACGCAGCAGGAGGCGCAGCAGCAGGAAGCUCAGGAGCAGCAGCAGCAGGGGCAGCAGCAGGAGCAGCAGCAGGAGGAGGGGGAGCAGCAAGAAGCAGGGGGAGGCCUUCUGAGCCUGGUGUCUGCGUGGUUUUCACGGGGCAAGGCGGCGCAGACGGAAGCAGCAGCAGCAGCAGCAGCAGGGGAGAAGGAGGAGGAAGAGGGAGCAGCAGCAGCAGAAGAAGCAGCAGCAGAAGAAGAAGCAGCAGAAGAGGUAGUUGCGUGCGAAGUGCGGAGGCCGCAAAAGGUGCAGCAGCCGCUGGAGAGCAGCAGCAGCAAAAGCCCCGUGGUUCCGGUGAAGCUGCGGAUCCUGAAAAGAGCUGCUUGGAAAGCUGCUGCUGCUGCUGCUGCUUCCCGCUGCAGCAGCGCAGCAGAAGAUGAAGCACUCGAGGAAGAGCCGCUGCGCUUUGUUGUGCUGCAGACGCAAUUCAAAAAAGACCGGGAGAGGCGGCGGCUGGUGGCUUUCCGGCCAGCUGUACAUACACCUGCGCACACUGAACUUCUCCGAAAAAGACAAUUCAAAAACACUUUUCAGUAUUCCAAACCUCCCCAGUCUUUUUCUCAAACUCUGCAGAAGACUUGCCUCCUGCGAGAGGCUUCGGGGAGCUCUUUGCAGAGCGCAGUCACGCUCAACUUCGAGUACAGGUCGCUGCGCCAGCAGCAGCAGCAGCUGCUGCAGCAGCAGCAGCUGCUGCAGCAGCAGCAGCAGCAGCGGGGAGAGUCGCGCCAGCAGCUCGAACAGCGGCAGGAAGAGCUCCAGCUCCGCCUGGAGAGGCUGCUGCUGCAGCAGCCGCUGCAGCAGCCGCUGCAGCAGGCGGAUGCAGGGGCCCCUGCUGCAGCGGCUUCUCUGCAGAUCUCUCCCGCUGCUUCAGCAAGAUCUGCUGCUGCGCUGCAGGAGCUGCCUGCUGCCACUUCUGGCCUUUCUAUUUGCUCGCAGCAAACAGCAGCUAGGGCGCUGGCAAGGGUAGCAGCGCGGAGAGAACGUGCUGCUGCUGCUGCUGCUGCUGCGGCUGCGGAAGCCGAAGCAGCCGCUGCAGCAGCGGCAGCGGCUGAGGGCAGCAGCAGAGGCGUCUCUGCUUCACAGCGCGAAGACACAGCCCGAGAAAACUCCGCUGCUGCUGCAGCAGACGAGCAGCAGAUUGACACAGAAACAGAGAAAAGAGAAGCAGCAGAACAGUCAGAAGACUGCGCCUCCGCAAGGUGGCACCAGCGCUGCAGCAGCAGCAGCAGCUGUUGCAGCCAGGCAGCAGCAGCAGCCCCAGAGGAGCAGCUUCCCAGAGCUGAAGGACCCCACAAAAAAGUUCCUGCUGCAGCAAAAUAUGCUGAGUGCUGGUUCUCCGUUAGUGCUUCAUGUCUCCCUCGCCAAGGUUCUGAGGCCCCGUCAUCAGCAAAUCGGCAGCAGCAGCAGCAGCUGGAGCAGCAAGCGAAGCAACAGCAGCAGCAGCAGCCGCAGCAAGAGCAAUUCCUCCUGAGCGAAAACAGCCGGGCCUUAGAGGCCGCAGUGCCUCAGCCCAUUUCAAUCAGCAUAUUUGACGUGGUCCCGGAGGAGCCGGAGCUGCAGCAGCUGCAGCAGCAGCAGCAGCAGCAGCGGCAGCAGCAGAGCGCGAGAAGGAGCUCUUCUUCCUGCUGCGCAGCGCAGCAAACUGCGUCGCAGCAGAGCAGCAGCAGAUCUCUGCGCCUCGAAACUUACAAAAUAAGCAGCAGGGAAGCAACUCCUGCGGAGGCGUCUGAGUGCACGGAGCAGCAGCAGCAGCAAGAGAUGCAAGAAGGGGAGCUGCAGCAAGAAGCCUACUUCAUAGGGGCCCCCGUACAACAGCUGCUUCCUGGCCAGCUGCUGCAGCCAACUGAGUCUGACUUUAUAGAAGCAGAGCCAGUGCCUCUUGAGGCGCUGCCAGUGGAGGAUCAGCUGCUGGUGAGGCAGGCGCUGGAGGAAUACCUGCAGCAGCAGCAGCAGCAGCAGGAGGAGCCGCAGCAGUACCAGCCGCAGCAGCAGUACCAGCAGGAGCAGCAGCAGUAUCAGCAGCAGCAGCAGUAUCAGCAGCAGCAGCAGUACGAGCUGAUAGCACAGCGCCAACAGGAAUGCGCUGUUCCUCAAAUGGCCGUGCCCUACGAACUAUAUGAAUUGCCGCAAGCAGCAGCAGCAGCAGGAGCUGCUGCUGCUGCCGCUGGUGCUAAUGCUUCUGAAGCAGCAGCAAAAAGCUCAGUGGAGGUCCCCCUGUGGCAGCUGUCGUACUCAGUCCCUGAAGAGUUCCUAAAGCAGCCGCAGAAGCAAAUGCAGGAGCUGCAGCAGCAGGAGCUGCAGCAGGACCCGCUGCUCACAGAUGUUCCUCACCCUCUGGAAGAAGUGUGGCUGCAGCAGCAGCUAAUGCAGCCACGGCAGGAGCUGCCGCAAGAAUGGUAUUAUGUUGCUGCUGGCAGCCAAUACCCAACGGAAACGGCAGCAGCAGCAGCAGCAGCAGCAGCACCGCAUCAAGACUUUGCUGCAGUCUACAGAGCACCGGAGACAACCAGCGUGCAGCAGCUGCCGUUCGUCCCUUCGCCUUUCGAAGCAGCAGCAACGGCUGCUGCAGCUAAACAGGACACGAGCUGCUGCUGCCCCAAAGGGGAGGAGGCAGCCAGCAGCAAAUGUGCAUGCGUGUGCUGCUGA